AUGUCGCCCAUCCCGACCAUAGCUCUGGGCGGCAGUGCGAGCCACAUCCAGAUCGGUCGUGUUGCCUUUGGCUGCAUGGGCAUGACUUGGUGUGACCCCAAGGAUCGCACGUCCGAUCAGCAAGCCUUCGAAACCAUCAAGACCGCCGUCGACUCCGGCAGCAGCCUGCUGAAUACGGGCACAUUCUACGGCCCUCAAACCGACCCUUAUGCCAACCUUGAGCUCCUGCGCCGUUUCUACGAGGCUUACCCCGAGUACAAGUCCAAGACGAUCCUCUCUGUCAAAGGAGGUAUCCCCAUUGCAAAUUACCGUUCCAAAGGUAUGGCUGGCUUGACCCCCGAUGCGUCUCUCGACGCGCUCCAUGACGAUCUUGGUGCCAUCCGUGAGCACCUUGGUACUGAUCACGGCGGCAAAGAAAUCGAUCUUUACGAGAUGGCUCGUCGCGACACCAAAGUGGGCAUCAAACAGACCAUGAACAACAUGCUCUCCCUCUCUUCAGAGACGUACAUCGAUUCUGAAGGCAAGCAGCAACAAGGCAAGCGACUCUUCAAGCAUAUCUCGCUCUCCGAACUUGGUCUAGAGAGUAUCAGGGAGGCUGUCAGCGUUGCACCAAUCGCCUGCGUUGAGUUAGAGGUAAGCCCAUGGGAGUUGGGAGCCUUCGACCAGGGUAUUGUCAGUUUCUGCUCAUCUCAAAAGAUCCCCAUCCUGGCCUACUCGCCCACUGGAAAGGGCAUUCUCACCGGUAACAUUCAGUCCGUCGAUGAUCUGCCAGAAAGUGACAUUCGUCGUCACAUGGAUCGUUUGCAGGGUGAAAAUCUGGCAAAGAACCUUGAACUUGCCAACGAGUUCAAAACACUCGCCAAGCAGCACAAGCCGCAAGUGACACCAACGCAGUUGGGUCUGGCCUGGUUGAUUGCCAGCAGCCAUGUGAUCGUCCCCCUGCCGGGAACAAGUAAGGCUAGUAGAGCGCAGGAGAACGCAGAGUCAGCCAACGUGCAGCUAGACCCAGAUACCAAGGCCAAGUUGGAUCACAAGGUCAAGCACUUCAAGACGGCCGGUGGUAGGUACAACAAAGCUGCACGAGAGCAUUCUGCGCUGUGGGGUUGA